GUAGGUCCGGUAGUUGAGCAUCCCUCAUUUCGCUAGCUUUAGACGCCUGUGAAGUGUGUAUACAUUGCUGUAACUAGUGUUUUUCUGAAUGUUUUCGGGUUAUGUGCAUGUAAUUACAGUGGAAUGAAUGGAUCCAGAAAUACUUGCUCGACUUAUACCACAGGGAAAGGAGACGGUACGCCCCGCAUGCAAGAAAUGUGGCUACGCAGGACAUUUGACGUAUCAGUGUAGAAAUUUUCUUAAGGUUGAUCCAAACAAGGAAAUUGUCCUCGACAUUAGUAGUACGAGUAGCGACAGUGCUGAUGAUUACUUGACACCGUUAACGGAAUUACGUGAGAAGGAACUAAAGAAAAAGCUGAAGAAAGCCAAGAAAAUUGCUAAGAAGAAAAAGAGGAAGAAAAAGAAAACAAAGAAAUCGAAAGAACGUGACAGAUCCCGGUCUCGUUCUAGAUCAGAGAGUGACACCGAAAGUGAAUCAGAAAGUGACAGUGAUAAGAAACACAAAAGACAUAAAAGAAAGAAGCAUAAAAAACAUAAGAAAUCGACGCACCCCUCAGAUGACAGUGCAAAUGAAUCCGACUGAUUUACACCGUUAGCGUCGUGCAAACUGCCUUUGAGACUUAUCGACGCAGUGAAGCAUGGUGUUAAAUUACUUUUUGUUCAGUGUGGUUGUUGCAUGCAACGCUUUCAUUUCGAAGAACCAGGUGUGUUUAGUUCACGAAUGACAGACGAAAAACCUACACGGCUAGAUUACUAAUGAAUGAUGCAGAACUUGUGUGCAAAUUAUUUAGAUUUUUUAAAAAUUUACGUCGUUCAACAAAGUAUGAUGUGCCUUUUUUGUACUGAUCAGUGUUUUUGAAAACAAACCUGGUUUUGAAUGUAUUUUGAACGCAAA